AUGGGGGACUGUGGUGAUGAGCUCCUUAAGGAGCUUGAAAGCACCUACUGUCCACCAAUUGACCCUGCCUUGUUCGUUGCGAUCGUAUCAGACUUUGACCUGGCGAUCCCCACUCAGGUCAAACAGUUGCGCGAAACUCUGGACGUGUUAAACGCAUCCGCCGUUGAGCAAGAAAACUUGCCAUUUGAUCCCACAGGUACAACCAACCUUCGAAACUCCGACGUCUCAGGCUCUUUGAUUGGCGGAUCGUCUGACGAUGCAACCUCGGAUUUUACAAGCUGGCCAUCGCUUGAAAAUCAUGAACGAGAUAAUAGCAACUCUACUAGCACCAGCAGGGAAGCUGAAAGGCUCAAAAGCUCUAAGCUUGCAUACACCUUUCUGGGUAUGACGACUGCUGACAAGGCACAGAACUUGAUUAGCAUGUUCCCGACUAUUCCUCGUCUGGAAGCUGAGCGCAUCCUCGAAGAUUGCCAUGACAAUCUCAGUCGCUCGAUGGAUGUAUUGCUCAAUCUUGCUUUCAUCGAAGAGACACAAAUCGCCAGAGAUACUCCCCAAGAAACCCCCAAAGAGGUUGCUAAAGACGUUCAAACCUCCAUCUCCAAGUCAAUUGAUGGUUUCCAGGCCAAAGAGAACCAGAACGGCGGCGGCAAAAACUCCCGAAAGAGGAAAAAGCAGAAACAACGUCGUGUCGACCUGGUCUCUCAGGCUAUGAAUAACACAACAAAUAGGUGGGAGGCAGGAAAGAAGGACAUCGAAUUUCUUUCCACGCGGGCCUCCGCUUUACAGAGGGAGAAAAUUGCGUCGACUUAUCACGAAAAUUCAAUGUCGCUCUGUGCAACAAUAAGAGUCUUGGCACAGGCUCAUGCACCUAAGGACAUUCAUGAGAUUGAAGACGAUCCUAGACUAGUCACGCAAGUAGGGGAGCUCAGUCACAAGUACCCCGAAAUAAAUCCUAUGACCUUAAGUGGCUUGAUUCAAAUUGCAAACAAUGAAAUACCAGCCGCAGAUGACUUGGCUGACACAUUGGCCCGCCGCCCUGAUCUGACUUCUGUUUCAAAUAUCAUCAGUUUCGUGUCGUCUCCGGUUGCUCUCGACAACGAAGAAGAAGAAGAGAAUGUGGCACCAAUUCAGCAGACAGAGAGUACUUCAGAUUUCAUGGAUUUCAACGAAGCGGCUGCGGCUGCCAACUCUCACUUCGCAGCCCGAUCAGCUGCCCUUGCCCAGGCCGCCCAGGCCGCCCGCCGCGCACGCUCCAACCCCCUCUACGGCGGCGCCUCUGCCUAUUACCGGGACGUCGGAAACGAACAACGUCAGCUUGCAAUGCGGCAUUUGGCCACAGCUUCUGACCGGCUAGUGGCCCGCCAGUCGUCCCAAUAUGACCUAGAUCUGCAUGGUGUUACGGUCGCCAACGCAAUCAGAAUCGCCCGCGAGAGGGUCCAGGCGUGGUGGGACGGACUGGGGGAUCAGAAGUAUGUUCGCGGCGGUGGACAGAGCUCCCACGGCGGGUUCAACAUUGUGUGUGGCGUUGGUCACCAUUCCCUCGACCGCAAGUCACAUAUUGGACCCGCCGUGUGGAACAUGUUGUUGAAGGAGGGGUGGCGUGUGGAGCUCAAUCGGGGCUCCAUACAACAAACCUUCCCUAUCCGAUUUCCACCGACAUUUUGCUCCCGAUUUUUGUCCUCAACGCGCAAGCCUUCCCACUCCAAGACAAGCACCCAGGCUCUUAGAGCUGCAACGGCCAUUCCGUUUUUCGGUGCCUUCUUCAGCUCUAACCGUAUCCCCGAGCAAUCAACUGACGCCAUGUCUCCCCCAAACCAGAGAAGCGAAGAUGAGUGGAGGGCUGUUUUGAACCCAGAGCAGUUCCGAAUUCUCCGUGAAAAGGGCACUGAGCGCCCUGGCACCGGUGAAUAUGAUACCCACUACCCAUCAAAAGGCGUCUACAACUGCGCUGGUUGUGAUGCACCGCUUUACACUGCUGACCACAAGUUCAAAUCUGGCUGUGGAUGGCCGGCCUACUUUGAUUCAAUUCCUGGUGCUGUGACUAGACAUGUCGAUAAUACGUUUGGCAUGAAGCGGACAGAGAUCGUAUGCACCAACUGUGGGGGUCACCUCGGCCAUGUGUUCGAGGGUGAAGGGUAUCAGACUCCCACAGACGAGCGUCACUGUGUGAAUAGUGUCAGUCUGCGUUUUGCAGAGGAUGUCAACGCUGCUAAGGAUUCUCAAGCGAAAGCUUGA